GACGGUGGGGACCUGGGAGUCCCCUGGCCAGCCCGGGGUUUAACAUACCUCCUGGGUAGUAGGAACCUUAGGUCACCCUAGCCACACCAUUACCGUGUACCCUGGGCCUCACUACCCCUACCAAGUGCCACCACGACACCGUUUAUAAAGGAUUAGUGAAGGGAAAUCACGUAAACAUGGGGUUUUGGGAGGACUACGGCCGAGUGUUGGACCCAAUGGCUUGUUCCUUUGACCCUGAGAGUGGUAUUAUUGAUUGUUUAGGAGAGGAGUACAUUAGCUGUGUGGCCCAGCUGGUGGCAUGAGCACAUGAAGCCACCACUUAUGAGCAUCACAAGCCUGCCUUUGCCUCUCUGGUGUGGGUGUCACAUGCUGCUGAGGCAAGGUGUGCUGGCCUGUUUUUAGUGACCAAGGUGGCUUUGGAAAGGCAUGCAUUGAAGAACAGGAUGAAGCCAGGUGGGCUGUGCUCCCCUUCUAAUGGGAGCAACAUGCCUUCUGGAGAAGCAGUUGGUGCUGUUUCUUCCCACAAGCCACCUGAUAGCUGUGGUCAGUUCUCUAAGGCCUCCAAUACUUCCAGGGAGGGCCAUGCCUGCCUCACUCCAGACUUGUUUGAAGAACACAGCCAGGUUGUGCAUCCAAGACGUAGCCACAUCAAUGGUCUCCUCUCACGUGCAGGAUUAUCCAAUGGGGUGUAUGCAUCUCCAUACAUCCCAAACAAGGGUGUUGAUUUGCCACGCCAUGUGUUGUCACCUCCACAAAGUGAGGAUGGUGAUGAUGAAGGACCAACACCAUGCACAACUUCUUAUGGCACAUUUGCAAGAAAUUCUGGCAGUGCUGCAGGUGCUGCAGCUUCUAACACCUCUUCUCAUCCCGCCAGCCCUACCCACUCACUGCCUAAUGUCUGUGGUAAAAGUUUCAAGCAGUUGACUAUCGUUACAUCUACUCAAGAGGAGAAACCUACCACUUCACCUGAUUGCAAGACCUCUGUUGGAACAUCAAGUUUAUGCUCUUUAGGGAACUCAAUGGUUAGUCCAAGGGCAGCUCUUGGUGGGUUUGGUAUUGCACCUUUUUCUACAAAGGGUGCACCCCUUACCUCCCCUCGAAGUUCUAAAAGUCCAAAAGGCAGGAGAAGAAUUUCCCUUGAGGAAAUGGUGACAAAACUGCACACUGAGGCCAACCGAAGUGGAGCUAAGGUAGUGCAAAGCUUUUCCACACAGAAUAUUUUGAACUAUGGAAGAACACCAGAGAAAUCUGUGGAAUGCUUGCAUAAAGAUAUUUCUAGUUUAUCAACUGAAAAUAACUCUGGAAUGAAGUUUUCUGCCCAGAGUGGACAAAGCCUCCCUUAUAUAUGUGAUAAUAAUAACACUGCCAUAAUUUUAAAUGCUCAUCCGAGUAAGGAUUCUUCCAUUAAGGACAAAAAUGUUAAAAGUGAUUCAGGAAAUAUUUGCUGUGGUGAAGAUUCCUCUUCAGCAUUGUGUGAUAGAACUCCUGAAACUGUUGUGAAUCAAUCACUGGAAGAAACUGAUAAAAGCCAAAGUGCUUUACCUGAGAAUGUGUCAGAAAUACUUUCAAAUGUCAGUAAAGCCAAUGAUAGUGUUGACAAUAUCCUUGAAUCAUGUGUUGUAAAGUGUUCAAGUGUAGAAGAUGUUAGUGUUAAUGUCAUUUCAUCCUUGACUGGUAACUUACUGAAAAGUGAUAAAGAAACUAGAUUAAAGGAAUUUGGUCAAGAUGUAGUUAGAACAGAAAGGAGUGUAGGCAGCUUAGAUGUUAGUGCUGGAACAUCUAAGGAUGCUCAGAUUGAAAGUGUGCUCAACCAACAGUGUAAUCAAGGGUCUUGCAUUGCAAAGGUCUCGCAUAGUAAAAGUGAGCAGCAGCUCACCCUGGACUCAGGAAAUGUUCAUUGUGAUGUGACCUCAAGAAACUUGGAACAUGUCAAGGAAAGACAUGCAGACAGUUCAGUGCAAGUUGCAGCUAAAGUGACAGUUGAUGACAGUGUUAUAGAUUUAACAGCAGAGCCUGAAAGUGUUAGAAGUAAUAGUGUUGAACUCCUUGAGAGUGCAUGCGUUGAAUCUAGAGACAGUGAGAGUGAUAUUGAAGUAUUGUAUGAGAAAGGAAUAAGUGCUGAAAAGUGUGAGAGAUCCACAGAGAGAGAUGCAAGAACAUCUAGUGGCAGUGAUCAGCCACUAAAGGAGCUUGUGACACCAGUGGAAAGUACAAGUGAUAAAAGUGCACGAAAAUCUUGUAAAAGUGCUCAAGAAAUAAAUUUACCCAAAAGAGAUAAUGAACCAAGUGUUUCAACAUCUCUUGUGAACACAGACUGUGAAAGUGUGCAAUAUUUGGAACCAAUUUCAGAUGAUGAAAACUCCCUGCUCUGUGCUCCCUCCCUAUCUUCAGGCCUUUCCUCAGUCUCAGGUUUUCAGAGCAACUCCAAUACUCCCAUGUUCUCAGAUACUCCUUCAGAUGGAUCACAAAGAACAUUGAUGGUCAGGAUUUCUGAUGCAGUGGCUGCAAUAUUAUCAGAUGUAUCUGAUGAGAGCCUCCCAGCUUCCCCAUUGGCAAGUAAUUCAAAUUCUGUGGAUGGUUUCCAGUCUGUUUUACCAAGUGAGAAUUUAAGUGAGAAAAUUGAUAAUAUUUGUGAGAAAUUAGACAAAGAGUGUGUGAAAGGCAGCAAUGUGCAUUCUAUAGAAAACUCCAAAAAAUUGAAGAGUGAUUUGAGUUCAAAAAAUUUGAGAGAGGUUUCUAAUAGGGAUCUUGAUAAAGAAAGAACUGCUUCACAGGUUGGUACUUUAGAUAAGAGUAAAUACCUGAAGGAUGUCAAAGGUGAUGUAGUUCAACAUCCAUUAUGUUUUGAAACUAGGAAGGGUGUUUCUUGUGAAAGUAUCUUGCUAACAAAAAGUAUAUGUGAAUUGCCUUCUAGUGUUAUACCAAAUGAACCAAUCAUUGAGAAACAAGGUUCUGAGAGUUGUCCCCAAGAGACGAACCUUUCAGAAUUAACUGGGCUUAAUUCAGAACCCAUCCAUCUUGCAAGCAUGUUGGCCGCAUCAGAUAGUUACAAAGAAUUUGGAAGUUCUAGCUCAGUUUCUGGAUUACUAAGUGCUGUUGGCCCCACUGGCCAAUCUUCAUCUCACUCAACUUCAUCACCAGAUACACUCGUAGUCUCUAGCUCACCCACACAGGUACCUCUGGAGGAUUUAGGCACUGUUACUUGUUGUAGUAUGUCAAAUACUGGUAGUAAUUUAUGCCAAAACCCUAUCUCAGGAUCUCAAACCAUUUCUAGUCAAACCCAAAACUGCAAUACAACACAGAGUGAGGAGGAGGAGGAGGAGGAGGAGGAUGAUGCAGCUGGCCUGCUUCUCAAAUUGUCCAGUGCAAUCACACUGGAUAGUCCAUGCAGUAGUGGACAGUCAUUGGAACCAGUUGCUGAUGGUAGCCAUGAAAUUAACUCUACCACCCAUUUUGAAAUCCAUCCAAUUUGGGACUCAGCAUUAGGAGAGAAUAGUUCAUCAGUAAAAUCUGCCUUACAACUUGGCUGUGUGCCACCUCUGUCGUCACAGGAAAGCAGCCAGCUGUCAUUAGUGCCUGAUUUGGAAUCUGAUAGAGAUUUUUUUGUCUCAAAGAAGAGUGACAAUAUUUAUUUGCCUGAUCAUACUGUGACAAAACCAUGGUUAAGAAUGGUUGAUUCAUUUGAUGAUAUCAGGAAAGAUGUAGGUAACUUUUCACAAGCAAAAUCAGAUAAAUUACAGCACACAAAUGAAACUUCUCACUGUGCUGUGGCUGAAUGUCAUGCAUUUUUAGAAUCUGUAGCUGAAAAGAAUCCUUUUCCCUGUAAAGAACCCUCUACAGAGGUACCUCAAUCACUUGAGUUGUUAGUAAAGGAAACUACUCAAGUUCUUUCAGCACAAGAUGAUGGCUUUCCAGUUGUUGCUUUUCCUGAAAAGUCUUCCCAAGAGUGCCCAGUACCAUCAUCAGAACACCCUACUAUUCACAGCUCAGUGACAGUGAAAAACAAUUGUUGUGUGGAGGAGCAGGCUGAGGAUGACUCAAAUUUAGAAUUGGGUUCACUGAUAAAGGCUGUUUUUUUACCUGAAAAUGACAAUGUAUCAGCAUCUGAGAGGGUAGUUACCAAAGAUCAGGUUAGAACUAAACCUGUUAACAUAGAAAAUUUUGCAAUGACUUUGUGUAAGCUAAAUGAGGAAGCAAGAUCUUCUGUACCUUCCAGAGAAAAUGUGUGUAAUGAAUCCACUAAUGAUAAUCAUUCUUCUUUAUUAGAACUUGCCAAAGAAAAAUACUCUUCAUCUGAAGAAUUAUGUAGUGAUGAAGUGAGUCUGUCACAAGACUCCACUCCCCAAAUUUCUGAAUCACUAUCAGAACUAACUAAGAAGAGUAAACCUGUAGCAGCUGCCAUUGAAGAGAGUUGUCCUAUAACACUUCUAAACCUGAAAGACAGCACCCCACCCAAAGAAAUCCCUACAACUGAUACUGAUUUUUCUGCUGAGUCCACCUUAGAGGAGGCAGAUUUUUCAAAAGUGCCUAUCACAGAUGUGAAAAGUUCCUUAUCUAUAUCAAGUACUACAGAGAAUUCAGCUGUUUCUCCUAACCUUUUUUCCACAGUUGUGCCCUUAGCAAAGCAGGAUUCCAUAGACCAUUCUAGUUAUCAGAGUUCUUCUAAAGUAGAAUGGAACACCAGUGCGCCCCAUUCUCAAAUUUUCACUACCUCGGACAAAGUCUCUCCUCAUAUUGAGUCUACCUCUCCAGAUGUCCUCAGCUCAUUCAGGAAUGUUUCGGAAUACAGACGUCCAAAAAAUAAUUGUCAUCCCUCAGGUGGAGCAAGUGAAGACUUCGCUCAGUCUUUGUGUGAAGGUACCUCCUUGGGCACAGAGGCAAUCAUUCAAGACACAUUACAGGAGAAUGACUGUCAUAAUGUGGAUGAAACUGAUUAUGGCCUUCCCAGUAUUGCCAAGGCAGCCCUUGAGGUCAUCCGUCCACCAUUUGAGACUGUUAAUAAUAGCUACCAACCUGCUGAGGUCGUUAGAGAGACCAGCCAUCUAAUUUCUGCAUACACUUUUUCAGAAGAACAGGCAUCUCUUGCUGCUACAAUCGAGGACUGUCUGUUACCAGCUCAGGAUAAUGUUGAAGCCAGUCAGUUACAGGUUGCUGGUACUGAAGGUAGCUACCCACAAGCUGGGGUUGUAGUAGGUAGCCAUUCACCAGUUGUUGCUUCUGAAAUAAGUCGACAAACAACUGUUGACAUUAGGGUUAAUCAACCUCCAGUUACAGUUACUAUGGCCAGCAGCUAUCUACCAACUGAGGUUACUGAAGUUAAUCAUCAUUUAUCUGAUGUUUGUGCAGAUUUGCAUCCAUUGACUACAGUUACUGAUAUGAUCUACUCACCAGCUAAACAUACUGAGGUUAGCCAAGCACAAGCUACCACUACUGAAGUUAACCUCCCACCAGUUGAUACUGAAGUUGGUGAGUCACCUGCUACUUCACUUGAAAUUAGUUACCAACAUUCUUCUGCCAGUGACGUCAGCCACACUACUGAUACCACAAGUGAGGCCAGCUGCCCAAGUAGAGUUGGUAAUGAAAUCAGCUACCUACCCUCUCUGUUUUGUGAGACCACAGACACACACACUGCAGCUACACAAGUAGACCUCCCCAAAAGUUCUCUUGAAGUUAGCAGCCAACAGGUUACCACUGAAACAUUCAAUAGCCCAUACAGUAAUGCUGCUGAUACUGAAGUCUGCCACCCACCAGCUGACACCACUGAAGUCUGUCACCCACCAGCUGACACUAAUGAAGUCUGCCACCCACCAUCUGAGACCACUGAAGACUGCCACCCACCAUCUGAGACCACUGAAGACUGCCACCCACCAUCUGAGCCCACUGAAGACUGCCACCCACCAGCUGAGACCACUGAAGUCUGCCAUGCACCAGCUGAGACCACUGAAGUCUGCCACCCACCAACUGAGACCACUGAAGUCUGCCACCCACCAGCUGAGGCCGCUGAAGUCUGCCACCCACCAACUGAGACCACUGAAGUCUGCCACCCACCAGCUGAGACCACUGAAGUCUGCCACCCACCAGCUGAGACCACUGAAGUCUGCCACCCACCAACUGAGACCACUGAAGUCUGCCACCCACCAACUGAGACCACUGAAGUCUGCCACCCACCAGCUGAGGCCGCUGAAUUCUGCCACCCACCAACUGAGACCACUGAAGUCUGCCACCCACCAGCUGAGACCACUGAAGUCUGCCACCCACCAACUGAGACCACUGAAGUCUGCCAUGCACCAGCUGAGACCACUGAAGUCUGCCACCCACCAGCUGAGACCACUGAAGUCUGCCAUGCACCAGCUGAGACCACUGAAGUCUGCCACCCACCAGCUGAAACCACUGAAAUCUGCCACCCACCAACUGAGACCACUGAAGUCUGCCACCCACCAGCUGAGACCACUGAAGUCUGUCACCCACCAGCUGAAACCACUGAAGUCUGCCACCCACCAGCUGAGACCACUGAAGUCUGCCAUGCACCAGCUGAGACCACUGAAGUCUGCCACCCAUCAGCUGAAACCACUGAAGUCUGUCACCCACCAGCUGGGGUCACUGAAGUCAGCCACCCAUCAGCAGAGGUCACUGAAGUCAGCCACCCAUCAGCAGAGGUCACUGAAGUCAGCCACCCAUCAACAGAGGUCACUGAAAUUUGCCAUCCAUCAGCAAAGGUCACUGAAGUCAGCCACCCAUCAGCAGGUACUACUGAUUUCAGCCAUACAUCAGCUGAAGCUAUUGAAGUCAGCCAUACAAUUGAGGCUACUGAAGUCAGCCAUACAGCAGCUGAGGCUUCUAAAGUCAGCCAGCCAUCAGCUGAAACUAUUGAAAUCAGGCAUCUAUCAGCUGAGGUCACUGAAAUCAGUCAUCUAUCAGCCGAGGCUACUCAAGUCAGCCAUCUAUCAGCUGAGGCUACUCAAGUCAGCCAGCCAUCAGCUGAAGCUACUGAAGUCAGAUAUCUAUCAGCUGAGGCUACUGAAGUCAGCCAGCCAUCAGCUGAAGCUAUUGAAGUCAGCCAGCCAUCAGCUGAAACUAUUGAAGUCAACCAGCCAUCAACUGAAGCUAUUGAAGUCAGCCAGCCAUCAGCUGAAGCUACUGAAUUCAGGCAUCCAUCGGCUGAGGCUACUGAAGUCAACCAUCCAUUAGCUGAACCUACUGAUGUCAGCCACUCAUCAAUUGAGAACACUGAUGUCAGUCACCCAUCAGUUGAGAACACUGAUGUCAGUCACCCAUCAGUUGAGAACACUGAUGUCAGUCACCCAUCAGUUGAGAACACUAAUGUCAGUCACCCAUCAGUUGAGAACACUGAUGUCAGUCACCCAUCAGUUGAGAACACUGAUGUCAGUCACCCAUCAGUUGAGAACACUGUUGUCGGUCACCCAUCAACUGAGAUCUCUGAAGUUAGUCACCUGUCUGCCAAAACCACUGAAGUCAGCCACCUAACACAUUGUACCACUUCUGAAUGCAGCCUUCCUCAUUUUAAUAUUGCAUAUAAGGCCUUACACCAGGCAGUGGAUGAGAGUACCGAGGUGAUUCCUCCUGUACCUGAUGUCACACAAGCUCUCACCCAUCCAGUGGUUGAUGUCACAGUUGGAGGCAGUAUUUGCCACCCACAACACCCAGCCCAGGAUGUAGACCACAGCUGGCCACCACUAGACACACCUGAAGAAAGACUGCAACAAUCUGAAAUCAGGGAAACAAGUGUAGUCAGUCAUCCACCAGACAGGGCUGUUUCUGAAGUUGACCGUGUACAGGCUGAAUCCAUGCCAGGAGAUGGUAUUGAAAUUCACCAUCCAGUUGCUGAAGUAAAACGUCAAAAUGCUUUCCCUGCUGAAAUUAAACUAGCUGCAGAAGCUUCUCCUGAAAUCAAACAACCAGUAGCUGAAGUCACUACUGAAGUCAGUCAUCUGAUAACUGAAGGCUUUCCAGAUGACAGAUGCCCAAUAGCUGAAGACAGUUAUCCAGUAGCUGAAAUUACUACUGAAGUCGUGCAUACAACUGGUGAAGCCACUGCUGAAUUAAGUCAUCCUUUACCUGAAAUCUCAACUGGAGUCAGCUGCACAUCAUCUGAAACCCUUCCUGAAGUCACUCAAAAGGUUAAAGCUAACACUGAAGUUAUUCAUCCAGCAAUUGAAGCCAUUUCUGAAUUCAGCUAUCCAAUGGUUGAAGCCAGUUCUGAAGUCAGCUAUCCAUCAGUUGAAGGCAGCUAUCCAAUGGUUGAAGCCAGUCCUGAAGUCAGCCAUCCAGUGGUUAAAGCCAGUUCUGAAGUCAGCCAUUCAGUGGUUGAAGCCAGUUCCAAAGGUAGCCAUCCAGUAGUUGAAACCAGUUCAGAAGUCAGACACCAAACAGUUGAAGCCAGUCCUGAAAUUGGCUAUCCAACAGUUGAAGACAGUGAAACCACCAACCAAACAUCUGAAACAAGUACUUCUGUUAGUGACUCAACAGGUGAAGACAAAACAGAAGUCAACCACUCAUCUGUGUCAGCUAAUCCUGAAGUCAGACACCUCCCCAUUGAAGGCACUGUUGAAGGAAUUCAAACACUAGGUGAAACAACAAGUGACACCAUCCUUAUGCUUGAUAACACCAUGGCAGAAGGAAGUCUCCUGCAUGCUGAAACCUAUGGAGAAAUCAGCCGGCAACUCCUUGAAACCACUUUGGAAACCAGCCACCCACCUAUUAAUGUCAUUGAGCAGGACAGUCAAAAACUCCCUCAAAUUACCACUGAAGCGGGUCACCAGCCUGUUGGAGCCACUGCAUCUUCACUUAACUGUCUUGAUGGUGUAGAGGCAAUUUCCUUGACAGACCUAUCCACCAAUGUUAAUGUCCAGCCAGAAAUUAGUCAGAGCCAGGUGGGGCUGACAGCUGUUGAUGAAACAACAGAAAAACUUGUACAGCCACUUUAUGUGGAGGAGCAACAUUUGGAUGAAAAUGUACAUAGUGAUCCUAGUGGGGCUGUCGGCAAUCCUGUUUCUGCUGCAGAAAGUGACUCAAAACUGUGGAGUAUAAUAGAAAGUGGAGCUACCAAAUAUGACAACAUGGAAAAUAAGGAAGUACCUCCUAGAUUAAAGUCCUCUGACUCUGAAAUGAAUGAUCACACAACCCAAGGCACUUCACAUGUAGAGGAGACUCAUGACAUUGCAGGUGACAAAGAAAGUAAUGUGUUAUUGCAAUUAGCACCAGUGAAAGAAGAGGUGCAACAUUCAUUUGAAGACACAGUGAACUUUUCACAAAUGGAUGAUAUUAGUUCUGGAGUGUCAUCUUGUGUUGAUGACAUAUUGCCAGUCCUAACAGAUGUUGGUAUUGGAGGACGAACAGACGUGGCGGACCAUGUUUCACCUUCCAGUAUUGCUCCUGUUGGAGAAGAACAAGUUUUAACUGAUACACCAGAUGAUAAGAUUACAGUAGGAGAUUGUAACCCUCAGCAGUUGGUGGUUUUAGAGACAAAAUGCCCAUUAUGCAAUGAGACGCUGCAUGAAUCAUUAGAGAAACACCUCUCCAAAUAUCAUAUAUGCAACACAUUUGUGCCAGCAAAGGCAACUGGGGAAUAUCAGUUCCAUAUGCUAAAAAGAGUGAAAGAUGUUAAUGAACUAACUGAACCAUUGAGUACAGAUUCUUUGGAAGAUAAUUCAUACGUGUGUCGGUCGUGCCCUUUUGCAUCUCAGGACAUCAAUGCUGUGAGAUUUCAUUUAAAUACUCAUGAAGAUGUGUAUCAAGUAAGACCGGGUUAUGAAUCGUGUGAAUGUAAUGAAAAAAAAUAUUCAUAUCCUUUCCACAAAUGGAAAACAUUAAUACAUAAUAGCAGUUAUCAUUGUUUUAAAUGCAAUUAUUACUUUGCAUGUGAGAAAGGAUUUUCCAAUCACUUACAAGCUAUGCACUUUAUACAAAAUUGUUGUAGUAUAUGUAAAGAGGAAGUGCCAUGUGAAAGCAUGAUUCCUCAUUUUGGUUAUCACAAAACUGAGGAGAAAACUUCUUCAGCUGGAGAAGCUUUAGACCUGCAAAAUCCUUCCAUUGUGACACGAUCUUCAGGAGGGAAUUUUGGCAUAUCUUGGAAUAUAUAUGACAAUUGCAUUAACUUUUUGGAUGGUAAAAAUUUUCACUUGAAUACUGCUUCUACAGUGUGUGACACAAACCUUGACCGUAGCUACCUGAAACUUCCUCUAAAAAAUGUAAUGGAAGAAGCAGUAGUACCUGAUGAGGCAAAAAUUGAUCCUGGAAAGGAUAUUGUCAAAUAUAUGAGGGGGAAAAAGAAUAUAAAGCCAUGUUUUGAUGAUGAUAAUGAUGAAAUUAUAAAGAACUUUAGUUUUUUCAUACAAAUGGAACUUCAAAAGAAAAUGAAUAAGAAAGGACGCAAAGGGAACAGUAGCAAUCCUCGAGCUAAACGAGAAGACAAUCUGUUUGAUGUCUUGGGCAUUUCUUCAUUAAGAUCAAAAGGAGUGCAAAAGAAAGAAGCUGUGAAUCCUUCUAGCAAGCAAAAUUCUUUGAAAAAAUUAAAAGGAAAAUCAGACGACGAGACUAAAAAAGAAAAGGAACCUGAAGACCCAGAGGUUCCCCAACAGUUGACCCGCACGAGGUCUGGUAUGCAGUCAGGUAGAUGGGACCAGGAGGAGAGAAUUGGAGAAGAAAAACCUGUGCCAGUUGAACCAAGUGUUGUAGUAGAUGGAGAGUGGUCCAAGGCUCACACAUACAUCUGCUGUUCUUGUGGUGCUGGUUAUUUGGAUCUAGCUGAUAUUAUGGACCAUAAGUGGGAAAUGCACCCAGCAGUGUGGUGUGCACAUACGAUGAUACAGGGACAAGGUGUUGUACCAGUUAGCUUCUGUAAGCAGUAUCGGCCUCCUACUAAUCAGCCCCACCACUUACCAUUACCUUGUUUUUCCAAGGACCAAACUGUAUCCAGCACAAUAAAUUCUGAUACAAAUGUCUCUGAGACAGCAGAGGUGAAGGAUCAAAAGACCUGUAGUACUUGUAAAAUGCAGUUCCAGGACACCAGUGUCUUUCAUGCCCAUUUAGUUGAAUGUGGUGGCCUCACUCUGUUGUCAACCUCUAAGAAGAAGAGCAAAAAGGGCUUCAGGUUUAAGAGACGUAAAGGCCAGGGGGUCCCCAACAACCGAUAUGGCAACAACUCCCAGCCCAGUACUCCCCUCAAGGCCAAGUCUGGCGACAGGUCAUCUGGCCUCAGCACCCCUCAAAAUGACCGGACAUCUACAACCUCCAUCCAUUCUUGUGGAGUGAAGAGGCGCCUGGAGCUGGCAGUGGGCUCUAUUGAUAACCUGGAGCUGAAGAACCGACUCAAGGCCAUAAUUACAGGAUCCCGAGGUUCCGGUAGUAACACGUUUAGACUUCCCGGUAGACGCACUGUGAGGAUGAAGCUGAGGAAAAAGGCAUUAGAGACCAGAAGACUGAGGAAGACUAGACAUAGUGAUAGAGUUAAAGAAAAUUUUAGUAUUAAAGAAGAAGAGAAAAGGGAGUAUAUGAAAAAUGUCGGUAAGAGUGAAAAAGACACUAAAAGUGAAGUCGAAGGAACUCAAAACAGUGAAGAAUUACAAGUAGGAAAAAAGAGUAGUGUAAAGAAAGUUAGUUUAGAUAGUGUUAAAGAAUCUAAAGCUAGUGGCACUACUGAUGAUGAGCCCACAGUUAAAGAGAAAUCUAAGAAAAAUGUUAAAAAAGUUGCUACAAGUGUAAGUGUUCAUGAAAAUAUAGCAGAGAGUGUGGUAAGCAAGCCAUAUGGUGUGCCUGUCUCAGGAGUUGAUAUUAUUGUUAGUGAUGUAAAGAGCAGCAAGAAAAAGACAAAGCAGGAAGAAGGUGAUAAACAAGGUUCUCACACUGGCAAGAAGUCACAGACAGAAAAGAAAAUUAAUGGAGUUAUCGACAAAAUAAAGAAAACCAAGAAGCAAAAAGAAAAUAUUAGCAACGAAACACAGCCUCAUAAAAAAAUUAGUGGAGUUAAAUUGAAGCAGCCACCAGCCAAGAAAGUGUGCAGUAAAGCUAUUAAGAAUGUCCCUUCUACAAAAGCUAUUGAAAAUUAUGCAAAGCAGAAUGGAAUCAAGUCCUCAGGACCAAUGGAAAAGGAGGGAAUGGUCAAGAAAGACAAAGCUGUUACGGGAAAACAGAGCAUUGGUAAAAAGAGCAUUGGAACAAAAAUCAAGUCGGUAUUAAGUAAAAAUAUUGGAAUGAUAGAGAAACCUGGGGAUAAAAAGCCUCCAAAGAAAGUGAGUGGUAAAACUAGAAAGUCCAUUGACUCAGAAUCUGGGCGUGAGGGGGAGAAUGUUGACCUGCAGGCACCUGGAGGCCUUCUUAAAAGUUUAGUGGUAGAAAAAAAGUCAAGGCCUAAGAAAAUUAAAGAUAUACCAGCACCAGUAGUUAAUCCAGGGUUGGACACAAAAGAGGCUGAGGUGGAGAAAAAGAAUUUAGAGGCAAUGAAAAGCACAGAGGUUCAUCAGUUUAUAAAAACUGAAGUGGACCUAUUUGAAGAUGAAACACUAAGUCUUCCCCAAGGAACAAAGUCUAACAUACAAGAAGUUCCUGAAGUUAAGGAGAUGGAAAUAAAAGAAAUGGUGGUUAGUCAGUUACCAAAGACAAGGAAACAAGUUUAUUAUUCCUCUAGUGAAGACAGUGAGGAUUCUGAUGACUCUGAGCCCGAAGUGAUUCGGAAUUUCCGGAGUGGAAGGCGUUGUGGGGGAAGGAUGGGACUAAGGAACAAGAGAAUUCCAAUAAAUACUCGCUACUCAUUCCGUACUUGCUUUUCUUCAGGCAAAAAAGAGGAUGACAACUCUGAUUUAGAUGACGUAGAUGAUAUAAAGCAAAAAAAAGUAGAUUACUUGGAGAAGGAAGAAGAAGAGUUUUCAGAAGAGUUACCAAUCACAUCAAAAAGAAAAAGAAAAGUUGCCAACUAUGAGAAUCAAGAUGACUAUACAUAUGUUCCCUUUGAGAGUUCAUCUGAAACCGAGGAUGAUGUGUCUGAGAAGGAGGUGGAUAGCAUUGUAGAAAGAGUUCCUUGGUCUCCCAGGAAAAAGAGAAAAGGCACAAGAAGCAACACCAGAGAGAGUAGUACUCCUCUGACAGAUACACUAUACAGUGAAGACAGUUGUUCAGAAGAGAAGCUGGAGGAGGAGGUGGAACUUGAAGACCCUGGUAAUGAUAAAGAGACAAAUGUGCCCUUUUUGUCUGUCCCAAGUAGUGAUACUAUAGACAAUGAAGUAAAAAUUACAAAGGGAAAAAACAAUGACAACAUGAUGAAUACUGAUAGUGAAAAUGUUGAGGGGAAAGAAGACAGCAUUGAAAGUGAAGUAAAAUUACCAAAGAUGAAAGAAAAUAUGAAGUCUUUGAAUAUUUCUAGUGUUAACCUUGAGGGGAAAGAAGACAAAACUGUGAACAAAGUGUCAAAGAAAAAGAAAAGUGCGACUUUACCUGAUCAGUUGUCUUCUAGUACUACUGUACUGGAAGAAGAACCAGGUAUUGUUGGGAAACUUCAGAAGAAAAAGAAAGGUGUUAAGCAGGUGCAACCAAAAGUGUAUGUUGAAAAGGCUAAGGAAGAGUGUCAAGAAAUGAUUGCAAAAUCUCUAGUUAAAGAUGAAAUUGUGACUCAAAUGCUUCUAGGAGUUGAAGAAUCUGUUCAGAAGCAGAAGUGUGUUACCUUACAGAAUACUUCCAGUGUGGCUCUGCAAACAGAUGGUUAUCUCCAUACAGAGAAAAUACAAAAGAAAAGGACUGUAAAAUCGCAAGAGGGUUAUAGUGAAGCACUGCAGACUAGUGUACAAGUAACAUCAGUACCAGGGCUGCCAAGUAAUUCACAAGUAAUGGCUCUUCCAGUCUCUAAGAAAAAGAACAUGACGUUAAAUACAAUGUUAGCUCCAGCGGGUGAGGAGUCUACCCUUGAAGUUGAAAAUAUUGUUGGGAAAGUGACAAAGAAAAAGAAACCACCAAAGUCUCACUCAUCAGCUAAUGCCAUUCUUCAACACCCACUUGAUGACCUCAAAGGAAAAAUGGUUGAAGAUAGCUCAGUGACUUUACCUUCAACAGCAAAAAGAAAAAAGAAAAAGAAAAUUAUUCCUGCAGUUUUGGAUUCUUUCAGUCAGGACACAAAUAAUGUUAAGAAUCUUUCACUAAAUAUAACUGAUGAUGAUGAUGAUGAAGAUGAUCUUCCACUCUCCGCUCUUGCUCUACAAAGCAAUAAUAAGAAAAAAGCAGCAUCAAACACAAGGAAAAGCAACAAAGGUUCAACACGAGAUGUUGGACUACAAAAAUUAAAGAAACCCUUACUGAAGGGGAAAACAGUUUUAACAGCAAAAAAUCAAGAUUCGUUGAUAAAGGAAUCAGUUGGUCAUGAUUCUGAAUCUUCAAGUUUUGAAGGGUUUGUCCCACUGCCUGCUAAGAAGACUGGUAGAAGUAAAACAACAGUUAAAAAACCAAGGAAGAAAUUAGAUCUGAUGAAAUCAAUAAUAGAAAUGAAUACAGGUAGCACUGCUAGUGAAUCAGAAUUGUCAGAUGUACCUAAACCACCGAAGAAGCUGAAAAAAAUACCCUUAACCACCUCUGACAAAGAUACUGAAAAGGAUGUAAGUAUGCCAAGUUUAAUUAAAGUUUCAAAAGUAAAAGGUAUAGACCAUGAAAAUUGUCACUUGAAUCAUCAGCCCAAAGAGAAAGGAACAACCCAGAAGAGAAUAAGAGCCAAACAAGUGCUGAAACCUUCUCUCCAACAAAACCAUGAUAGUUCAGAGGGUAAGACAAAAGUGGCUAAGUCCUCUAAAACAACUGCCAAUUCUUUAAUACCUAACACAAUGCCAGUUUUAGAACCAAUGAAUAUUUUUAAGCCAGAUAUAGGAGGCACCUCAGAUCUUCCUGAGAGUGAUAUUAAUGGUGAAGGAGGUGUGACCCUCUCCCAGCAAGUGCCUGCUAAGAUCAAGCGACGUCGAUCAUCAGUCGAGAAAAUAAAAGACAUUCCCACCAGGUCAUCUGUGCUAGUGCAGCUGCAAGAAACUCAGUCUCCACCAGAGUUAAGAUUAAUGACUGAUGAAGUCCAAGGUGAGGAUGUUGGUAUAUCAUCACUGAAUACCGAACAACAGUUGCCUCCUUCAAAAGGUAGACCCAAGAAGCCUCCACAGCCAAGAAAGAGGAGAAUUAAGUCAACGCAAGAAAUCUUGUUGAAAACUAAAUCAUUUGGCAUGCCAGAUCCACCACCAGAAGUUAUUGCUGCAAGUGAAGUAAAAGAAUUGAGAGUCAGUGCAUCACAAAAGAAGCCAGAAAAAAGAAAAAGAGCGGCAUCAACAUCCGGAGUGCCAUCCAAAGACGUACAUGAGUUGGCCAAUCCAGUAAAAAACGUUGGUCAACCACUUGUUAAUCUUAGUAACCCGCCAAAAAAGAAUUGUGAAAGUAAUAAAAGAAAGAAAAGUGGAAGUAAUAACAAAAUGGAAAUUAAUGAACUUAUGUGUAUUGAUUGUGGAUUAAGGUUUGGGUCUGUUGCCUCACUAGAAGAUCACCAGCAGGAUUGUGUUACUAUUGCCUUUGAGAUGAGUCUUAUGGAAGCAGAAGACCAUCUUUUUGAGUGUCCACACUGCCAUUUAACUUUUGCCCUGAAAGGUACCCAGCGAAAACACACAACUUCAUGCCGUUUGGUCAAGUAUAAGCGAGCAUCAAAUCGACAGGAUAGCCGAUCACUAAAGAAAGCAAGUAGAAAUUCAGUUCCUCUUGAUACUCGCCUUCCUGAGAAAGUGGUUGAUAGCAGUGAUAUAAUAUUAAUUGCCGAAACACCUCCACGCAAGGCUGUUGUGACAGGUCGUAGAAGUAGCAAGGAAAAUGUUGCCGGUGAUGAAGACGUGGCCUCUACUUCCCCACUAAAGGAUGGUGGUGUGACAUCAUUUUCAGAUCAUACUGAGAAAAUUGAUGCAGAUUUGAGUGAAAGUAAAUUGAAAGAAAAUGUAAAAAAUGUUGGUAAUAUACAAAAAGUAGUGCCUAUAACUGCAAGAGGUAGUCCAAGAACCAAAAAAGAAUCUCAGGUCAAUGGGAGGUUAGUGAAUGGUGAAUUAUUUGAUUUUCCUCCUGCAAAAGUUGAUGUUAAUCAGCGGUGUUCCAUUUGUGAAUACGAAGUUACUGAUCAAGAUACGUCAAAAAAACAUCACUUAUUGCAACAGUUUGCUCACCGCUGCCAGCAGCAGGCAGUGCUUGAGGUGUGUGCAUUGGUCACUUACUACAACCUAGGUAUUGAAUCGGUUAGGUCAUUGGUAUCGUCUGCAACUAUGUAUCAAGGGUCAACCAUACUCCACCUCGAUGCAAAACAACAGGAAUCCAUUAAUGCUAGUCCCAUCUCAACAAAUUCCUCCAGCAGUAGUGCCAUAAAGCUACAAGAGAUUUUAGCUUCCCCACACUGCACAAGGAUGUCAUCUGUUUUGGAGACAAUAGCCAAACAUCAUCAGACCACAGAAAGUAUUAGCAUUAGUGGCACCCGUCAAGAAGCCUUAAAAGCAGUCUCAGCAUUGGAGGAGAUACUGAAAGAAAUGUCUGAAGUUGAUAGUGCCAUUAGGAAGAAUUAUAUGCUCAAGUCUAUGAGAGAAACUUUUGAAGCAGGGAUUUUAAACUGAAUGAUCAUAAAGAUGAGAUAACUGAUAGUCAGUAUAAAGGUUGUGACUGGUUAAUAAUUAUUUUAUUUCAUUACAUGCAAUAAUAUUGACAGGCUGUAAGUGGGUGAAUGGUGGCACCAUACAGCAAGUCGUGGGCAUUUUUGUGAAUAUCACAAUAUAGGUUUAUUUUUCAAAGGACCAGUACUGUACAUUGUAUGUGAUGGAAGAGAAUUAAAAUUGUAAAUUACUUGUUAUUGUGAAUGUUACAUUUCACAAUAAUUCUCAUAAAACUCUGGGCAGUAUCUUUGAGUUAGGAGUUUCCAGUUUGUAUCUACAGUUUAGUUGAAUUUGAAGAAAAAUCAAAAUAUUUAUUGUAGACUGACCUAAAGUUGUAUAAUAUAUUAGUGUGUAUAUUUGUUAUUGUUAGUCUAGAAUGAAUAAUUGAGAUUUAAAUCUUUCUGGGAACAUAAAUGACAUAAAAUAGGGUUCUAGAAAAUUAGGGACUGGGCUCAAGUUGCUCAUACUGGCUCUUGCACUAAGUUUCAUUUGUUAAUUUUGUAGAAAACUUAUUCUUUCUAUUUAUUCAUAUUAUUUAUAAUGAUUGAUUUUACAACAGUUGAAUUUCAAAGGGAAUUUUGCCUAAGUUCUGUUCACAGAAUUUUGCAAAUGUUAGCAAACAGUUCCCAAUACACCCCUAGGAAUUCUCGAGUUAGUAAUUUUGUGUGUUAUUUGUGGUUGCUCUCUGCUUGGAGGUAAUGUCCUGUAUGCAGUAUUGCAUUAUAGUUCUAUAGUGAAAUGUGGCAUCCUCACAAAUGUGCAUAUUAAGGAUUUGUGAACUAUGUAAUUUUGGAUCCAGUAAUAUGGAUAUAUUUCUAUCAAAACCUGCUUAGAUGUAGAAAUUUGUUAUUGUAGGAAUUAUUUUAGAUAUUGUAUCUAAAUGUCUCUUGAUCUCAAAACAAGUCAGAUUUAACCUGUACAGUGAGUUUGAGGAGAUUCCUGGAAGCACAGCCCCGACACUGACGACACUUCUGUGCUCUCGGGAAAGUCUUAUAUUUUUUUGUGCAUGGAUACUGCAUUGUGGAGACACUUCACUCAUUUUUCUGCUUCAUAUGGACAACAGCAGCACAUAUUUACAGAUAAUCAUUAUAUAUAUAUUUUUUUGUUUCUUCGUCUUUCCUGUAUUUAGGCGUAAAUACCCAACACUUGUUGUUGGCUACUCUUUUCCGUCACUUAGUUAUAAGACUGUGCUGUGUGUAAGUUUGUCUUUUCAUAUUAUUUAUAAAAUACAUUUUUGUACUAAACAAUAAUAUAAGAAUAAAUGGAGAUGCAUGAA